GGUCACUUGUGUUAAGCGUGUCGUACGGGAAUUAUUUCUCUGUGUAACUCUUUGUGUGAGAGAAGAAUGGCAAUACCUCAUAGCAUUUUACUGCUGCUGUUCGUGACGUCCAUGUGCGUGAUGGUGACAUUAGGCGCACCGAAUUUUUCCUACAUCAAAGGGAACGUGUCCUGCACGAUCGUGAAUCUUACCGGCGAAGGCAAGCCCGAAGACUAUUCCUUUCUCACUAACAGCACCGAGGAACUCAUUUUCGAUAACGCAACGAUCGGUGUGCUUGAUCUAACGCACCCGCUCGCUAGCAUACGGCCCUGGAAAGUGGUGCUCACCAACUCGAACGUUACACGCGUACUGUUUCCGGCAGCGAUGAGUGCCAGUGUAGUACACCUGACGCACAUGGGCGUUGAGGAUGUACAGUUCGAAAACAACACAAGCUUGCAGGACUUCCGUGCCGACUACACUUCGCUGCAGGUAGUGUCACCGACCGUGUCCAAGCUGCUGACGCUCGACAUCCUUUGGAUAACGCACUCACAGCUGACCAACUUUAGCUUCGAUGUGUUGGAAAACUCGCCCGUCUCUUUGCUGUAUCUGGUGGGCAACAAGAUCGAGCUGGUCACGAUCACGCCCGGGCUGGUGUGUUGCCGCAAUUUGGAAGAACUAUUCCUCUCCGGCAAUCAGCUGAAACGGCUCGAUUUCGGCACGAUGGCACUGAUGAGCAAAUUGAAAACGAUCCUGCUGGAGGGCAACCGAUUGACUGAGGUGCAGCUAAACCUGCCGGAUAGGGAGCACCAGCAGAUGACGGUCAACGAGGCGGGCGAUGUGCAGACGUUUUGCUCGUGGCGUACGUACUACAUUGAGCAGGAGCAGAAGACUCAAGACGUGCCCAGGCCCAACUGUACCGACUACUUUGCGACACUGCUAUCGGUUCACAUGCCCAGGAACGCGUUUGAGCAUAUCGAUUUUGGCGUCUUCCGCCUGAUGAAUAAUCUAAACUCGCUGGAUUUAACGAAAAAUCGACUGCUGGAGCUGGUCGCAACCGAGGAGAAGGUGCCGAUAAGGUUGAGCGAGCUGUUCGCCUCCAACAAUAACAUAUCGGACGUAUAUCUACGCCCGUUCCCGGCAAUGAAAGCGAUCUAUCUGUAUGACAAUAAUGUAAAUGCGCUCAACAUGAGCAGCCUGCCAGAGGAGCUGGACUACUUGAACCUGGUCAACAAUCCGCUCGAUUGCAAUGAGCUACCGCAUAUAAACAGCAGCGUAAAAGCCCUGGGACCAUACACGGAGUGUUAGUGAAGCUGUGCUGAACUCUGUCCGCCGGCAAAAGAACUUGUAUUUCUGUUCAACUGUUUGUGAAUGUUCAGUUUAUAAUAGCUGCUCCUGGAGUUGUUUUAACUGUUUGUAGAAUAAACAUUAGAUCAGGGUUUGGUGGAAAGUUUGGGUAGUAAAGUUCAAUAUGUAAACAUUGAAACAUUGUACUGUAACUGUGAUGCUUCGUUAAUUUAGAACGACCAGCUAGCAAAAGAACCCCCUGCCGUAGUCAUAUCGGUGAAAGGGAUAACUUUCACUAGGUAUGUAUUUUGUCUUGUGUUAUUGCAGGAUACAUAAAUUAGAAUCUUUGCGGGUUGAGGCACACCAUAGGUCAGAAACGACGGUAGAAGAGAAAUUAAAUUACCAAUAUCAUGCGUUUACUGCUUUUGCAACAUCGCAACUAUUCCCGACACACGCACUUCGACGUAUAUAUCCAUUGCAAAGAUGGUGAUGUUACGGGGAGCGAUCAGUUUGAACUGCAGCUUAUAAUCCCCCGGUGGUAUAUUUUUCGGCGCGUGACGCUCUUGCAGGUACCACGAAAAAUUGUACGUACGGUUCUGAAAUCAAGAAAUGAAUAAAAAGGAGGGCUUUCCAACCAAAGCUUUUCCUACAUUACUUACGCCCGUGGGACACGGUACCAGCAGCUCCGGAAGCGUCUCUUCAAUUAUAUCAUACACUUGCUUUUCCACGCUGAACUGUGGAGGGUGUCUGAUAUAUUCACAACCAUUGCCUUCUACAGUGAUCAAGAAUGGUUGAUAGGUACUGUAUUUGUAGAAUAGUAAAACCUUGACCAUGACAAUAUCAUAGAUUUUUGGCACAUUUACGGACACAUUGACCAGUGUGGGUGCGUUUCUUCGUGGGAUGCUUUUGCACGCGUAAACCGUGGACUCUUUGUACGGAGUGUCGAUGCAGACGUAUUUCUUGAUCCUGAGUGAGUACGAAUUGGCGUUAGUGCAGUACGACUGCAAACAGGCCAGCAGUGAUAUACAUAUGAAGUAUAGCGCUACGUAAAAUGUUUGUCCGUACAUCAGUGCGGAUGGUCUCAUUGUCAGUUCACCAGGAGAAAUAGAGAAGUGUUGCAAUGUAACAACCGUUUAGGUAUGUUUUCAUUACGAACAAUUAGAAUAGAAAUGGCUUUAUAAUUGCGAUGUUAUCCGGUAUUCUCUGAAUUAAGGUAAAUGUUUGUGUAUACUAACGUAUCGUCAUCGCAUGCAUUGGGGUAUGAACCUGGUAACGCUUACUAAACGCGAUUAUUGACCGCCUUCUGCAGCAACCUGGCAAGGUGUUUGGGGCUUGAUCGGAACUGCCGUUGGCCGGUUUCGGAUUAUCUGUGGCCAAUUGUACGCACAAGCCGGAAAAGAUCGACGAUCGAUCGUUCGAUUGCUUGCUGCAGGUGUUGCUGCAGGCAGCUGUCCGAUCUGAAUUCUACGCAUCGCGAUCAGCUAUUGCCUAACUUUUGGGGUGAAAAUUGGUUUCUCUGGAUCGUCCGGAACAUGCAUCUACGAUUGUUAUUAAGCAUGGUAAAUCAUCCAUUUGAUUGCAGCUUGUCAAGGAGCAGCCACUUGGUCUCUGACCGUUAACCUCUUACGGUAUGAAACAGGCGUUGAGUUUGUUAGAAAAAGCUAUAACUGUGUAUGUGUGUGCUACGCUUCGAACCCCAUGGAGGGUACCAAAUUUAUGAACUUGUUUUGCAAAACAAAAUGGUAAGGUGGGAUCCGUUCGACAAACCUCACCCGUCCCUCCCCGGAUGUUGCGAUGCUUUAUAGCCAGUUUGGAUAUCAAUUGGAACGAGGAAACAAAAAAAAAAAAACAGUUCAACGUUCAGGGCGGGAAACGAACAAAAAAGUACAACAGUCACAAUUUGCAUUUCUCUUUUAUUGCAAACGAAUAUUGUAAUCUGUUACCGCAAGCAAAUUCCUGACCUCGUUACCAUAAAUCCAAUCAUGGGAAGAAAAACGGAACAAUGUUUUGCUGGACAGGCAACAGCAAGUAACGACUUAAAGCAAACCAGAUGACCCGGCCGAGGAAGUUAGGCGAGCGGUUUGACGACGAAUUAUUUAAAUUUCUGCCGAAUUAUUUCUGUCAGCCAUCGGUUAAGUUGCCACCGCCGCCGCCGCCGCCAUCGCCGUUGUUGUUCGUCCUCCCUGGUGCGUGUUGCAAAUGGCGUCGCUGGUGCCAAUCGGGUGCGCUGGUGGAAACAAAAGUGCAUGUAACGCAUUAAUGCGCUACCGCUACCGAGACCGUGCCGUGGCUGCCGGCUGCUGACUGCUCUCUCGCUGCCCAGAAACCAAUCAUCAUGCGAGGUGGAAUAAAAUUAUCGAAAUUUCGGUUGUGCGUAUGCAGAAAAUAAUCAAUUCGUACGGCGAAUCGAGGCCAUCCCAACUGCUGAGCUCGGCUGUGGGCUUGGUGACAGCGAAACGCUACAAAUAUUUCAAAUCAACGGGAAAUCGAACCAUAAGUAAAAAGCGCACCGGGACAAGAAAAGCGCGCUACAUGAUGUAAAUGCUGGCCAGCAUUCCGGCAGUCGUUUGUUUAGCGAUUCAGGCGAGAGAGGGAGUAUAAAUAUUAUUCAAAAUAAAUACCAGCAAGUAAGGAAUUUGUAUUAUUCAAAUGUCUUCCAACAAUUCGUAAAUGUUGGAAACUUGUUUCAUUCGUUUGUUGUUGCCUUUUUUUUCCUCUCGCCCCGUAAUUCGAUUCCAUUGUCAUGAAUCGUUCCUCUCAUAACACCUCGCGUUUAUCGCGAUGGUGUCCGAUGGGCAAUAUAAAUGAUUGGUUUGGCAAGAAUCUUCCUGGAAGCGACCGUUUGUGUGAAGAUUUGAGUGCUGGGAAUUGCUGGGAGAGAACGCAAGGAACAGAUCGCCACAGUAUUAAUGGUGUCCGUUGUAGCGUCAGAACCGCCAAAUACAGCUUAAUACCGUAGUGUGCCGUAGUGGGUUGAAGUAACGAUAGAAACAAGGCUUCAUUAGGCAAAGGUAACUAGCCAACAGUCGGUAAUAAAUAAAGCCACCAGACACACUCGCAGACAGAGCGCUUCUGUCUUAGCGUCUCUUGCCCAUUGAAAUGGGGGGGAACACAACACAAACGACGAACGUUCGUGUCUGCCGUUAGACCAAUCCCAUAAAGCAGCGCCGCUGCUUAACACACUUAGACAAGGCCCCGGAUCCAGUAAAAUUAAACAGCCAUGGAAAACAAUAUUGUUAUUAUCCCCUUUUUUCCCCCCAAAGCGCUUUGACCGCUGGUCAUGGGGUGCAAAAGUCGCGCAAUUCAAUUGAUGAAGCACGCGGCAAAAGCGUAUACAACUCGAAGCGCAGGCAAAAUAUAAGUAAUGCGAACGGAAACCACCGCCGCGAAAGCUCUCCACGCCGCCCGCCGCCAUUGUGUCCACCGUUGCGAACUGCGACAACUUACGGUGUAGUUGUUGCAGGCGACACUGUAAGAUGUCUUCACUCGCAGAUAAAAUCGCUCGUUGUCGUUGUCGCCUGACAAAGGGCAAACGACGAAUUCUGGUGGGCAUUUGGAGCGGCAUCACGUGGACAGAAUGGGGGGGCGGGGUGCGAGGAAGGUGAGCAGUGUGGGGCAGGCUUUGAUCGAAACGACAGCCAAGCAACAAAAAACGAGCAACUCCUGACUUCUGUGGUGCCGUUACCGCACCCCUCUCCUCCCCUGAAGCCUACCGACAUGCACACUUUCGUUUCGCCAGUGGGUGGACAGUAGAAGUCAGUGAGGGGACAAUGUUAUUUGUUCCGACAGCACCGUGGUACACCGAUCCGGCAGCAGCAGCAGCAGCAGCAGCGUGAGUGCAGGCGGGGUGAGUAAUGCAAAGGAAACAACCAGCUACAAAUCAAAGUCCCAAACAAUAAAUACAACACACAGGCAAACACAGUUCAUGUCCGUACUAGCUCCCAGCGCGAUAAGAAGAAGCUAUCGAUCCCUAAGCCGCGGAGUCGUUGUAAUCUCGUUGGUAUGAUCAGGGAUUUGCAUCAGGCAUCAGCAUACUGCUGCCUGCUGCUUCACCCCGCACGUACGUUCGCACGGCAAGCGCGAGAAGGUUCGUCGUUUGUACGCGCGGGGGUCGCCGUCGUCGUCGUCGUCGUCGCCGUGGUCGUUGUGUGUGCUUUGUGUUGGGUGUUGCAGCUUCCACCAGCUUCGGUGUUUAUGUCUCGUAGACGGGCGUCAUCGUAUAUUUGAAUGGUUUUGAGGGUUCCGUCGUAGCGUAAUUCAUACAACGGAAAUACAAAAAAAAAACGCGAGAAAAGAAAACGAUCUUGCUUGCGAAUUAAUGUUUCAUGUAGUCCGGAUAGCGGCUCGGCUGCAGAGGCGUGAUUCAGUGAUGCAGUCGGGCUGAGGGCUGUACCCAAACCCAAACCCUGCAUCCCUUUUUCUUCAGGGGGGAGUGUGACCUGUGGGGAGGGUCGUUGAUGUAAGGCGGCCGCCCAAACAAUAUAUGGGCCUUAAUUGCUAACUAAUAAGGUGGAAGCUUGUCCGAACGGGCACACUUACCUGGUUAGAUAAAUUUGGCUGUCAUUGCGUGAAAUUCUAGCCCCGGCUCUUGACGAGUCGAAACGACCUAACAACCAUCAACCAUCAACCUACCAAGCAACCAACGCGACCGACCGAUCGUCUCGACGGUGAACCGUUUGCAUGUUACUGAAGAUGAUUAUAAAUAUUUAUAUUUUACAUCGCGCUUCGAAUGAUGAAACCAUCGCGCAGACGGUAAAGAAACGAUCAACUAUCUUUCAUCAAAUCCUGCCUGCUGAUGACAAGGAAACCGGUUCCGCUUUUCCUUCGUUCCCGUCUGCCGUUGCUGCUUGCUCGGUGUACGUACCCACGGUGUGUGCGUGUGUGUGUGUGUUUGUGUGUUUCAACCCCGUGAAAUCGAUCCGCAGCGAUCGCGACGACGACUGUGAGCCGCGCGCGCUCCCUAUCGUGAUCCCGCUUCCUCUUACAUCUUGGGCAUCAUUUUAAAUUGGUCCAUAGCGCUGCCCAGGUCCCAUGCCCAGGCGCUUAUAAAUCGUUUCCAGCUUCACCUGCAACAUAGUGUUCGUGGCCCUGUUGCGGAAUGGCCACUACGGCAGCAGCAACCACAAAAAAGAAUGGAAAAAAACAAAACCGAAUCUCUCGUGACUUGCAUGAUAGCAGAAGAGACCCUCACUCGCGCUCGAUAAAUGACGGCAUGUAAGGCUAUCAUUUUCAAAUUAACAGAGCAGAAGAUUUAUUAUGCGCGUAGUUUGGGAGAGUUUGUGGAAUUUUAUUUAUUUAUCUAUGGCUGUUCACGGGCCCACACAACUAUUAACUGUGCCACGGCUUUGCCCCUGGCCUGGCACCGUGCGGCACGCAGUAAGCAAGGUCCUGCCAAUGAUCCGCUUGAUGCCUUCCAACUGCUUUCAACUUUGUUGCAAUUUAUUUUAUUUUUUUUUUGCUGCUUAUGCAAUUAUUCUUACCCUCGUUUACUCUUUGGCAGGAAAGUUCAACAGUUACAAUGGUUCGGUUGAAGGGUGCAGUAAUUUUCACUUCUCGCCGCUCCAUCCCGAACGGAGGGGGGGACGGUUGAAAAAAUCAAUUAAACGAUAAAGAUGCUAGACUGGUGAGCAUUCAAUCAGCUAAUCAAUUACGAGUGGGAGGGUCCGAGGGGGUGUGGGGGGAGAGUCUGAAAAGGGCAUGACAGGUUAACAGAAAAGAAAAAAAAAAGCCGAACGAGAUACCUCGAUCGAGAAGGGGCACCGCGAAACGAGCGUCGAUCGGUGAUUGAACAGCGUUUUGUCGCCUAAAACCCGGCCUAAAAUAUGCCGUCAACUUCUGAACGGUAAGGAAUGAAUGCUCGGCUACGGCUUGAAGCAUUCAGCCCCCUGGUAAGGAAUCUCGGGGGUAGCGCGCUAGUCAUCGGUAUGUCAGGACUGACUGAAUUGGGUUAAUAUAGAAAACAAUUUAGCAGACAGCGCAACAGUGAAGGAAGGGAUGGGUAUAAUGAAGUAGCAGUCCAAAGAAAGGGAGCCCUCUCUCUCUCUCUCUCUCAGUCCGGGUGAUAAGCAAAAGCAACAGGAAAGGUAAGGUGGAGGAAUUAGAGAAGCAAAAGGAAGCAUUCGCGAACAUCGAAUAGUCGAAAAAGCGCUCGGGCUUCCAGGCUAACGAUGGAAAAUAAUUUAUUAUCGACAAAUGAUUUGUUCUUUUUUAUCUGCUUUCGAAACCGGACCAUGCCAUGCCCGUCCGCGCCCAGUUAUCAUCCUGUACGGUGGGGAUGAGAGGCAGGGGGUGUUCGCCCAUGCUCUUCUAUGCAUAUUUGGGCAUCGUGCGCUUGUUCGAAUUUAUUCCUAUCUAGAUUGAUUUAAGCAUAAUUCUUGUAAAUAAAAUGAAUAAGAAGAUCGACUCAAUGAACAUUGUUGAUCGAACGAACGAUGUGUAGAUCGAUGAGUCGUUCGAUUUUUUUUUCGGUUGGGAUGUUGUGUGGGGUGAACUAGUAAUGUGUGGUGAAUUUGAUAAAAAACCAGACAGUGGAGGAAGGAAUGUAUACACCGCCGAGCGUUGCGUUGUGCCAAACAAGCGUGCGGAGGGAAAAUCAAUUAAAAUCCAAUGACGAUCAAGUUCUGUGUGUUGUUCGUGUUCACGGGCUCAAACACGGGAGCGGUGGUUGCAUGGUGGUGUGGAUGGGUUUGGGAGGAUUAGGAAAGAGCGCGAUGGAAAUCAGAACCACACCGGAUUACAGUUACCUAAUUUGUUGUGUGUUGUUGUAAGCGGGUUAGACUUCGUAAUGUCUUUUUCUUUCAAUUUCUCCUCUUUUGUUGGGCACACACACGCACAUACACACACAUACACUGUGGGAAGUGAUAUCGCUAUAAUCUUUAAUUUAGUGUUGCAAGCUUAUUAUAUUCGGCUGACGGUUGGCCAUAGCUUUAUUCUAGCAGAGAGAAAUGGAAGACUUAAUGUCGCUUUGCCCUUGAAAUAGAGUGUGAUCAAUUGUAGUAUAACAAAAGCUACCUUCUCAAAACUGUCAACAGUUUUGAACAACGUGAAACAUAAGAAACAAAAAGUAAAAUAGCAAAAGUACUCUCCAGGUGCAACAAACCGACUGAAUACGCUGUGCAAAGAAAGAAGUAAAGUUGAAAUUAAUUUAACAAACAUCAAUUUAACAUACCCGUACGGGAUGAGUGCGCUUGAAAGGUGCGAACACUUCCGUUAACACUGGCGCAUGUUUAUGUGGGUCUUAAGGCAGCGAAGAAAUGGCGCUAAAGAAAUUUUCAACUAUGCGUGUAAGAUAUCCCUAGUGUGUGUAGAGCGCGAACAAAGGAAAGCAUAACACUAUUAACAGUGAAUUAAUUAUCAUGAAAUGAGCGCUACCUGAAUCGAACCGAACGGAAGGAACAAAUGAGGGGGAGAUGCGGACCUAGACCCGGAUGGAAGAUUAUAAAAAAAAGACACAAGGAAAUGUUUUAUAUUUAAAAGAGCGCUCGGAAAUUGGUCUGUGGCAGGUGGCAUGGAAUGAAGAACGUGUGUCAAUUCCAAAGCAAUAGUAUGAAGAUUGGAGGGAGAACGAGUGUGUGUGAGAGAGAGAGAGAGACAAGGAACACAUCCAAACAUCAAAGCACUUACCGAAUCGGAACCACCGGCCAGCCAGCCGACCGGAAGUACGAGGUCACUCCAAAAAGGGCUAAAGUGUUUGAAGUGACUGACCGUGGUGUGCGGGGGAGUGGAGGUGGCAGGUAGCCUACAAUACGCGAACGCUAACAUUUUCAUAACAGUGAUGAAAUAAAUCAAAUGAAUUCCGCGUGCCAUUCCCGCAUGCCAUUUCCGCCGAAGAGCUAAAAUUAUCAUUCCGUCCCAGAUGAUGGAAUUAGAUGCUGACCGGAGAGCCGGAGUAACGUGUGCCGCCGGCCAGCCGGUUGGUGCUAUGUGUAGUUUGUGAACCAAAUUAAAAUAAUAUAACAAUAAAAACGGUACCAUCUAA